CGAAACUUGGCCUGGCAAUGUUCCAACUUGUUCCAGCUUGAAGUGAAGCACAAUUUUCAAUGUCCCAGGACAGACGCAAUAGAUAACAUCAACAGAGAAGGUUCUAUUUCAAAAUCAGUUUUACAGUCCAUGGGGACCACUUUUGGCGAGUGCAAACUGGUGUGAACAUACUCGUACCACUUUCCAUUGCCAAGUUAAGUUGGAGAACGUGUCAACCCUCGGAAUUGGUUCCACGGCGCGAUUUCAUUCACGAGAAAGGGGCGGGCUUGACUCUGGCUCGUUUUCUUCCACCCACCCACCCACCAUCAGAGAGAGUGUCUGUCAGGAAAAGGAUGUGAAACAAGACCGAAGACCCGGCCUCGCUGCUGCUCUGUUCUUCCCUGAUCACAUUGAGCUGUCAUCGCCUUCUUCAUCAUCAUUCUCCCUCUAAACAUUCGAGUUUGAAUAGCCUCCUAGCCUUUGCUUCUCGUCCUCCUCUCCUUGCAUUCUUUCUUUUCCCUCCCCUUGUUUCCAGUUGUUCCCGGUUGUUUGGUGGAUUCCAGUGAGUGCGUGCUUUCGUGCGUGCGUGCAUGCGUGCGUGCGUUUGGUGGACCUUUUUUUGGCCAUCGUCCCUCUUUCCACUUUGACGCUCCACAAGAACCACGAACCCUUGGUUCUUGGGUGGGUUCCCCAUACAUUGGUGUUAGAGUGGCAAUGAUGAUGGUUGGGGUAGUGGUAAAGGAGGAAAGACUGGGCCAACGAGAAGAAGCCCAAAAAGGAGGAAGGAGGUGUCGGUGGUGAUUGGCGUGAGUGCCAAGCAGUAUCUAUCUGUUGUCUCUGAACGGGAACAGGAACCAUAGCAGUACAGUAGUCAAGGGAGCAGCAGGGGCAUCCCGCGUGAGGGACGAAAGCUUUGAGAGCUUGGAGAACUAUCAUCUAUCCAUCCAUCCAUCCAUCCGUCCGUUCGUCCGUUCGUCCGUUCGUCCGUCCGUCCGUCUGUCCAUUCAUUGGGGCUCCUCUCACUCCCAAAUUGGUCACUGGAACUCGAGCCAACUUUAUCACAAAAGAGAGCUCGCUACACGGCCAAGUAUGCAUGGUUAUCGCUCAAGAGGAGGCCAAGAGAGGAACCACCGUUCGACAAAGCAACAGUCCCACGAAAUGCUUCAAAAGCUCCAAUGGUUCAAUGGUUGGUGACCGGGUCUUAACAAGAUUGAAUAUACCAUGGACUGGCGUCUGACAUGGGCCCUACUUGUGGUCCUCAGAUCCCAAGAGGCCUACCUCCAGCAAUCAUUGAUCACGGAUUCGCAAACGGGCCUGACUUGGUCCCAAUUAAGUGCCACUAUCCCUUCAAAUCGAGUCUUCCGAAUCGCCUUCAAUCCCACGCUCUUCUUCUGGUCUGAAGGCAACUUUGGGGGUGUCGAGAGGCCGGUCUAUCGCUAUACACCGAGUCUUCAAGGAAAAGCCAGUUUGCCAAAUUGGAUUCAUUACAAAUACAGUGAACGCCACAAAGCAGGGUUUAUUUUCGGCGUCCCGCCGGAGGAGACGGAUUUCGUCGAAUUGGACGUCUUGGCCCAGAACCAGAUGACCAUGGAAUAUGGUCUCCUCAAGUUGUCCAUCAAUGUGACGGAUCCUGAGAGCGAAUUGGGUCAGAAUGCCGUCCAAUUGAAAGUGGACAAUCUGAACAUGGAAGACAUGUUUGAUGCGCAUCGACUCAAGAACCUGAAGGAAAUCUUCACUCAAAACUUGUGGCCAGACUCGCAAAAUGACCUUCAUCUGACUUCCAUCGGGUCAGCUGUCGAUUUCGGGUUCCGUCACCCAGCCGACCCCAAUCUGAAAGAUGGGGUCGUUGUCCACUUGGGCAGUGCUGCCAACUUUUCAGAGGACAUGACGUUCUUGGAACAAGAAGUGACUCCCCUCAGAGGCUUUCCCAAUUGCCCGCGAGACUUUAAACGGACUAGCGUGGAGCGUUUUUUCAGGGAGAAGGGCUUUGCAUUGGACUGGUGUCAUUUUCGUCUGCUCCAGUACGAUGCACGUUGGAACAAGUACUACGAAUUGGGACAGGCUCCCGAUCAUGACCCCGAAGAUGUGAAUGAUGCCGACGGGUUGGAUGAAUUCCUCUAUGAAAUUGAUGAGUCCCUCUCCACGUUGAAUGUCACUAAUGGCACAUUUAUCAUCAUGGACGGCAAUUUAACCACACUAGGAGAGUCCCCGGAAUACACCGAGUCCCAACCAGAAUCGGUUUUGGAAGGAAAAUACCACAUGUUUUUCUGGUUCCUGGUGGCGGGGGGCGUGUUAAUCUUCUUGGUGAUAUGCUGCAUGUGCCUUCUGCUUUGCUGCUCGUGCCGGAGCAAGGAUGAGAAUGUCAUCACCGAUGAUCUCGAAGUUGAACAAUCGAUGGGCUUGGUAUUGUCGGAUUGCUUCACUUGUUGCACUUCUCGCAAAAAGAUCGAGUCACCUCAUUCCAAGGCCGAGCGUGAAUUUCAAGCCAGAAUGCGGAAUGAUCCCAGAUUUCGUCGUGCCUCCUCUGUUCAAAGACAAACAGACACCAUUCGACGAUUGGCCCAACAGCGAUGUGUUACUCCCAAACUUCAUUCUCCAACCAAUCAAGGGCCAACUGAUCUUUAUCCCCCUUUAGAUGAACCAAUGAGCAAUCCCACAACCUUUAGGGGCUACAACGAAUUAGCUGACGGAGGGCCCAUCAUUUUAAUGUCUGAUGAUGAGAGUCCAGCCCAAGAGGAACUACCGAGCUUGUCUCACGUCAAUUAUCGUCCUCACAGCCAGCCUUAUCAUCGACAAUAUCAACCGGUUCCAAGUAGUUCAGGCAGUCGACCAGGCACCCUGAAUCGCCGCUCCUACUAUGAUGAAGAUUUUGAAAGCAUGGACCCUCUGGGAUCGCUGAAACGUCCCGCGCCUCCCUCUUAUGGAGAUGAGAACUCAACGGGAAGGUUGGGACGUGAACAUGCAACCUACUUGGUGUGAUCCAGCUCCCACAAUGCUGCCAUUCACUACGACUUGCUUUUCUACUCGUUCGUUGAUGUCCAUCACUACUAGGUGAAGUUUUUUUUUACCGCCAUUGUCAUUUCAGAAUUUCUGAAGCUUCGUUGUACUACUGCGUACACGUGCGUACAGAACACUUGUUGACCAUUAUUAAAAGCAGUUUUUUAUAUUUCAUUUGAAACUCCAAGCAACUAUUAAACUUAUUGAAUGACACGGCA